AGAGAGAGAGAGCGAGAGAGUGAAAAAAUACUGUUGUAAGCGCCGUGUUUCGUCGCGGUUUUGUGAGUGUUUUUCUGUAAGCGGGCGCUUAGCGAAUCAGGGAAACCCGGAGCCCUGUUUGUUUAGACGCGGGAAUCCAAGCUAAAGGUGUUUAUUUGGUGUGUUUUCGGAGGUGUGAGGCUCGAGACUCCGCGCAGAAUGACCGUUGACUGGCCCGAUCUGCUUAUCGUUCGCGGGCAUUAGGAACUAUCAACACCUCGGUCUGCUGGCGAACCAAACACCACGCAUUUGCUUCGAGGGUCGAAAGGAGGAGGAGAAUAAUGGCAUUGCUGGCCGUCCGGAUGCUUAUGCUGGGGUUUUGGUGUUGUGCUGUUGCUGCGGGAGAGGGACAGUCCACUCCGGCCACAUGCUCUCCGCUGUGCCGCUGCGAUGAGGACGGAGGAGCGGACUGCUCUGGACGAGGACUGACCACCGUCCCCACCGGCCUCAGCGCUUUCACAUAUUACCUGGACAUCAGCAUGAACAACAUCACUGAGCUGCCUGUUAAUGUCUUCAGAAACCUGCCCUAUCUGGAAGAACUACGUUUGGCUGGUAAUGACCUUGCAUUCAUCCACCCAGAGGCUCUGUCUGGCCUCCAUCAGCUUAAAGUCCUGAUGCUUCAGAACAAUCAGUUGAAGACUGUCCCAAGCGCAGCUCUCAAGAAUCUCCAUGCCCUGCAGUCUUUGCAUCUACACAACAAUCGGAUCCAGGAGAUUGGAAAAAACUGCUUUAAUGGGCUGGACAACCUGGAGACAUUGGAUCUAAAUUUCAAUAAUCUGAAGACCUUCCCAGAGGCCAUUCAGACGCUGCCCAAGCUGAAAGAACUUGGAUUUCAUAGCAACAACAUUGCAUCCAUCCCUGAGGGAGCUUUCCAUAGAAAUUCCCUGCUACGCACAAUCCAUCUUUUUGACAACCCGCUCUCCUUCGUGGGAAUCACUGCUUUCCAGAACCUGUCAGACUUGCACUCUUUAAUGCUGCGUGGUGCCAGUAUGAUGCAAGAUUUCCCCAGCCUGACUGGAACAAUAAAUCUAGAAAGCCUGACUUUAACAGGAACUAAAAUCAGAAGCAUCCCAGCAGACCUGUGUGAGGAUCUGACGGUGCUACGCACACUAGAUCUUUCCUAUAAUGAGAUCGAAGACCUGCCAUCCUUUCAGGGCUGUGUUGGACUGCAGGACAUAAGUCUACAGCAUAACCAAAUCCAGCAGAUAGACAGAGGAACUUUCCAGGGCAUGACCAGCCUUAGAGUGUUAGACCUGAGCAGAAACCAGAUCAAGUUCAUCCACAGAGAUGCUUUCCUUUCUCUCAGCGCUCUCACCAGCCUGGAUCUCAGUCUGAACUCCCUAGCUAGUGUUCCUACCACAGGACUGAGUGCACUGAACCAGCUUAAACUGACUGGAAAUGUGGAGCUGAGGAACAGCCUGAUGUCUAAGAGUCUGCCUAAACUCAGGUCCAUAACGGUUCCCUAUGCCUACCAGUGUUGUGCUUUUGUGGCUUGUGACAGUGCAGUUAACCCAGCACAGGAUGACGAGCGGAGAAAUGCAUUUGGUGGUGAGGAGGAGAUGGAAAGGAUUCCUCUGGUCAUGCACUGCUCACCAUCACCGGGGGCAUUUAAACCUUGUGAACACUUGUUGGGAAGCUGGAUGAUCCGGUUGACCGUGUGGUUCAUCUGCCUGGUGGCGCUCCUCUUCAACUGCCUGGUUCUUGCAGCCACCUUCUCCCCACGCACCUCCCCUCACUCCCCGGCCCGCCUCCUGGUUGCAUUCCUGGCCUCUGCUAACCUGCUGACAGGGGUCUAUGUGGCAGCACUGACACUCCUGGAUGCGGUCACCUGGGGCUCAUUUGCCGAGUACGGUGUGUGGUGGGAAACAGGCACUGGGUGUCAGGUUGUGGGUUUCCUCGCUGUGUUUUCAUCCGAGUGGGCCGUCCUACUGCUGGCUUUAGCUGCGGUGGAGCGUUGCUUGGCUGUGAGAGCUCUAAUGGGGAAGGCAGGAGCUCUGAGGUCCAGUGGCCAAAGGAGGGAAAGACGAAGGAGAUUUGGUAUCACAGCACUCUUGUUGGGAUUGGUAUCUGUUGCAGCGGCCUGCCUCAGUCUGUAUCACGGAUCAGCCAUGGGCUCUCCUCUCUGCUUGCCUUUCUCCGGAGGUCCCGGACCAGGCCUGGGGUUCACAGUGGCCCUGGUGCUAAUGAACACACUAGCGUACCUGCUGAGCGCGGUGGUCUAUACGCGGUUAUACUGCAGGUUGGGCCGUGCCCAGCUGGCUGACCCAGAGCAUGCUGGGUCUGUGAGGCACAUCGCCUGGCUGAUCUUCACCAACUGCAUCUUCUUUUGUCCAGUGGCGGCUUUCUCUUUCGCUCCCCUGCUGGCCGGGACCAGUAAUGCAGUGGGCGGACCAGAGAUGGCCAAAUCAGUGACGCUCAUAUUCUUUCCUCUCUCUGCCUGCUUGAACCCCGUGCUCUACGUCUGCUUCAGUCCCUCCUUCAGAUACGACUGGCUUCGCCUUAGAGGACAGGGGAGGGCCGGAGGUUGCGGCGGGCUGGUUGGUAAAGCUGUUACCAAAGGGACGGUGGCAGGGGGUUCGGCAGUAUCCAACGAUGGCGAAGGCCUGUCUAGUGACUGCGGAAUGUACACGAAGCUCCAGGGCGACAAUCGGGUAAUGUGCGAACACUGUGACGCCGCCCUUCACAUCAGCACAUCUUCCUCUUCCGCUUCCUCCUCUUCCUCAGCCUGCAGACAUUUAGUUAAGUCCCACAGCUGCCCGGCUUUGAUGGCAAACGCACCCCAGUGCUUGAGCUCAGAGGGGUACUGGCCAGACACCGGGACGCUUUCCGCUCAGUCGGAAUAUGGAGACGAGGGUGAUUCGUUUGUGUCGGACAGUUCGGAGCAGGUGCAGGCGUGCGGCCGAGCCUGUUUCUGUCAGAGCCGCGGCCUCCCUUUAGUACACUACUCUUAUAACAUCCCCCGCAUGACAGACUGAGCUCACAGCCCGGAGUGCUUACACACUCACUUCCUCACACAGUCCUCCAGGGUGUGGAGUGUCCCUGCUCCUCAAGGACAGAGAACAGGGAGAGGCUGUACACAUGGCUGCAGAGCCGUGGAAACACAAACAGACCGGAAGCACUUUCUCUCUUUUCACACUUGUGUUUGUGUGUGUGUGUGUAUAUGAGUGAAUGUAGACCGAAUCCAUGAAAAGGGAAUCUGACAAUACAGAAAGACUCACUGAGCCAAAUGAUGUCAACAUACAACACGUCUUGUUUUCUGUUUCCUGUCCCCCUCAGCCAAAUUCGGUUGCAUUGGCACCCAGGGCUGAUUGACAGUUGAUGGACACAGUGAUCUUACCUCCCAGUGCCUGCCUUUAAGUUUGCAAGAAAGUAGAACUUGCCUGUUUAUUUUCUCUGGGCAUUUUUAGAAAAGAAAAAUAUAUUUUCCCUUUUAUUCUUACAAAUAUUUGUCCUUUUGAUUUAAAGCAGGGAUAUAUGUGCCACUGUUUUUAGUGAUGUUGAUUCUUUUUCUCUUAUGCCAUCAUAAAUCUUGACUGUGGCGGGGGAUCCCGUUCUAUGUAGCAAAGUUUCUCCAUAUACUGGAGUUCCAGUAUGCCGAUGAGAAUGUAAUGUACAAGUUUAUGUUCACGCUGUCUUGUGUUCCCAUUUUCUCAGAGUAAGUUCACAGUGGCUGUUAUUUUUGAAAAGCAUUCAUUCCUUUCUUGUUUAUUCUGCAAGUGAUCCUAAAAUCACAAUCCUUUCCACAAUCCCCUCCGUUCAGCUGAGUGAUCCAGAAAUGCCAGUACAUUACCAACUGUUUAUUAAAAGAAAUUGUCUUUAAUUUAUGUUCUAAAAUGACAUUUGGAUGUCUUGAUCAGAGCGCUUCCUUAAUCACUAGUAAGUUUCUAAUAAUUUAUUGUAAGAUAUGGAAAUGCUUUGAUGAAUGAAUGGCAAACUAUACUUAUUUUAUUCCUGACAAGAAUGUCACUAGAUCAUUUCAAUAUGUAUUUUGUACACUGGGUAGAGUAAAAAAGGGUUUUCAUAUUAGAACUCCUUCCUGUCCAGAUAAUCUGACUAUACAGCUUACUAUAUGAAACAAAAAAGGGAUGCGCCAGUAUUAAUAUUCUAGCCAAUAUAAGAAAAUGAUUAUUUUAAUUAAUUGAUUUAAUUAUUUUGAUUAACUAUAAAUGGCCAAUAUUAAUGUU